AAACUUCAAUACACUGUGAAAUAAAUGAUUCUAUAACUAGCAUUACUCCUGUAACCCCCGAACAGAUAGUUUUACAAAGUGAGAAUGUUCCUAUAUCCGACGCACCCGAGAUAACAAAUUCUAAUAUAUACCAACCUAUUUGCACGGAGACUAAAUCAUUGGAGGAUAUAGAGAUCGAUAAAUUCCUAGAUUCAGAGAAUAAGAAAAAGGUUAGUAAUGAGAUUAGCUGUAGGAACAGGGAGAGGAAUCUAUCAACUGUUACUAUCAGCUCCAACCUUGUACUUAAUGAAUUCGAACAGAAUGAUGAACUUAUUUCUCCUCAAGAUAAAAAUUUGAUUGUAGAACAGGAGUUAACGCAACAGCUUUCUGUGACUAUUGAUAUGAGCCAGUACAUUAGUGCUAAAAAUAAUGAAGUAUUGGCUGAAGAUACAGAUUCGCAGAAUCUUGACUCAUCCUCAGUUUCAGUGCAAAGCAUAGUUCAUAUAUUUCGAGAGGCUGUUCGAUCAAGUCAAAAAACCAUUUUAUGUUGGCACUAUGUUGCGGAAAAAUAUGACAAAAGAGUAGACAAAGUCUCCAUUGAUAAGAAAAUCGGUAAGAAAAAAGCAAUGGGUAUAGUAUAUGAUGAAGUAAAAUGGCUUCUUCCUGAAAUUACAGAUGUGAAUCUGCGUCAAAAACUUCUUAGAGCCAGGAAAAUAAGAAUGCUUGUUAAUGCAGUAGGGGUAGAAAAGAUUAAGCAAGUUUCCUAUAGUGCAAAUGCAAUUUCUAACCUUUCCUAUCCUCAAAUUCAAAAUAUCAUAGAUCAUGUAUUAUCAGCGGAACUGGAACGGUCAAAAACCAAGAUAAUUAUAUCACCUACACCUCAAACCGAAAAGAAGUCUAUAAAUCCUAUUUCGCGAACUUCAACAAUUUUGCGAAAAAAGAAGAAGGCACAUCUCAAACCACUCAAUUGCCUCCCAUCCGAGGAAGAACAAACACAAGCCAUUGAAAGUCUCAUGAACAAGGUCCCAUGUAUACACCUUGAAAAUAUCUGGAAAGAGGAAGGUAAACACCGAUAUGAUGAGUAUUGGAUGUCGUAUGACUGUGUUUGUCCUCUUUGUAAGAAGAAACAUCAAUGGGUACUUGGUAAAUGGUGGAUUAAUGAGCAUGGGCAAAAGUUAUAUUUCUUAACCUGUGACAAUUCAAAACCGGAUGAUACAGGUAUCUUACUUGAAACAAUGUCUCCUCAUAAUCAUACGGAAACUUGUUCCUGCUUUACUCCAAUGUCUGAACAGAGUAGUCAAGUACUGGCUAUUCCUGAUCAGAGUUUAAUAACCUGCCCAUCUUAA